AAAAUCCCGUCGUCGAACGCGCUCAACGGUUUGUUUUACGUAAUUAAACUCUGACGAACUGAUAUUGUUUCAAAAAAAUGAGAUUAUGCGCCGAGUCCACUCGCUGACUCGACAAAUAGUCGCCGGUUACUUGGGAUAAACUCCCCGGAGGACAAGCGAGAAGUUUUGGAAGUUUUACCGUGUGAGUUUUUCCAGGCGGUGGACCAGAACGAACCCCGUGAAUAUGAACAGUCUGAACGUGUCCGUGUCCGGGAACCAGUACGCGUAUCAGUACGCCGUCUACGAGUCUCCGCUGUACAAGGACUACAGACCUCCGGCCAGAGAUCUCAUUCAGCUCCCCAGAGCCCUGCUCUACCUGAUGAUGGCCGCCGUGGUGGUGGUCGCUGUCGCUUAUGCCAUUGUGGGACAUUUAAUUAAAGACCUCGCGCAUGACAUCUUGGACUGGGCUUUGGGUCCGGAUGAGGAGAUCUUAAAGGCCAGCAGCGAGGCAGGUGAUGACGGCUCCACACACAUGCCAUCAGGACUCACACACUCCCACCCCAACGCCUUCCACGUUUGGGAUCAGGACGACGUGGUCAUCCCCCUCUCUCCAGAGCACAGCCCCCAGAACAGCCCUCUUCUGGCUGUCCUCCCUUUUAUUCCUCAUUUCUUCCCCUCUCCUGCUUCUCACAGUAUGCUCAACAGCCCCGCACUGCCCCAAAUACUGUCAGAGGAUACCAAGAGCCCCAACAAGACACCACAAGAGGCCUACGUCUUUCCUUCACCUAAAAUCACAGGACACAGUUCCACUUUCUCACAUGUGUCAUUCCAUGAGAGGAGAGAUGGCACUGAUAAAGUCUGAACCACCAAACAAUGGCUCACACUGUCCACGACUAAAGGAAUAGUUCACCCUAAAAUGAAAAUUGACUCCCCCUUAGGACAUCCGAGAUGUAAAUGCGUUUGUUUCUUCAUCAGAACGGAUCUGGAGAAAUGUAGCAUUUCAUUGCAUGCUCACUAAUGGAUCCUCUGCAGUGAAUGGGUGCCGCCCAAACAGCUGAUAAAAACAUCACAGUAACCCACACCAAUCUAGUCCAUCGGUUAACAUCUAGGUGAAGGGAAAAGUUGCAUGUUUGUAAGAAAUAAAUCCGUCAUCAGCGGAGCUAAAUUUUGAGUUCUCCAUCCAAAAAAGUUCUAAAGAAAUAUGUUGGUGAAUUUUGAUGCAAGGGGGAUUGACAAUUUAACUGAACAGAGCAUUGUACAUAGAACCCACAAUUAAAUGUAAUGCUUUUAUGAUGGAUUUCUUUCUUGCAAACACACAUAUAUGGACUUUGGACUGGAGCGGUGUGGACUACUUGUGAAUUAUUUUUUGGACUCUCAUUCUGACGGCACCCAUUUACUUGCACUGGUGAGCAAGUCAAACUCAUCUACAUCUUCUAUGGUAUAAUGGUGAGUAAAUUAAUGGUGAGUUUUAAAUUCUUCCCUUUGAAUAGAAAAAAAAUGAAUUCCCAAUGAUACCACAGUACCCUAAACUUUUCUAUUUGACUGCAAAAGCUGGGCCUCAACCUGUGGAGAACGAGAGGAUGAGUGGCCUGAAAUAAGUGCUGUUGACCCUAAAAGACCUGAAUAAGCAGAGAGCCAUGUUAGUCCAAGCCGCAUUACCUAGGUGUGUUUGCCCGGUAAUAUAGGGACAAAGUGAGAGACUGCACGAUCACGUCUGUAGGAUUGUGCCAAUUCAGGAACAGCCUUCCUCCUGAAGCCAAAAUACAUCCUCAGAGCAGAUUCAGUUCAACACAGGAUAACCAGCUUUUUCUUUCUUUUUUGCAGUUUAUGGAUUUGCACGGAUGUAGUACUGAACCUGUGGCUAUUUAUGUUGGCCAGUUAAACUGGAUUGGAUUUAGAAUCCAAAGUGUUAUUGUCAAA